AUGUACGCCCGCCAAGGAGGCCAGGCAGCACAGGCUUAUUCAGCCAAGGAGGCCAGGCAGCACAGGCUUAUUCAGCCAUGUAGGCCAGGCAGCACAGGCUUCAUCAGCCAAGGAGGCCAGGCAGCACAGGCUUCAUCAGCCAAGGAGGCCAGGCAGCACAGGCUUCUUCAGCCAAGGAGGCCAGGCAGCACAGGCUUCAUCAGCCAAGGAGGCCAGGCAGCACAGGCUUCAUCAGCCAAGGAGGCCAGGCAGCACAGGCUUCAUCAGCCAAGGAGGCCAGGCAGCACAGGCUUCAUCAGCCAAGGAGGCCAGGCAGCACAGGCUUCAUCAGCCAAGGAGGCCAGGCAGCACAGGCUUCAUCAGCCAAGGAGGCCAGGCAGCACAGGCUUCAUCAGCCAAGGAGGCCAGGCAGCACAGGCUUCAUCAGCCAAGGAGGCCAGGCAGCACAGGCUUCAUCAGCCAAGGAGGCCAGGCAGCACAGGCUUCAUCAGCCAAGGAGGCCAGGCAGCACAGGCUUCAUCAGCCAAGGAGGCCAGGCAGCACAGGCUUCAUCAGCCAAGGAGGCCAGGCAGCACAGGCUUCUUCACGGUCAUCUGUCCUCAUUUGCCAUGUGUAGGGAGUUGUCUCAGUGAUCACUUGGAAAUGACUCCUGCCAUGUUUCCAUGGUAACAGGGCACAUCUCUUGACAGAAUAUACUUUGUUUUCACAAGUCAUGUAUUGUCUCCACUGAAAUGUUUUGGUGUGGAACAUAACUUCUCACUUGAUGAACUGUCACUCUGUGGUGUUUAUCGAGCUGUUUGUUGUUUUGGUUGUGAAGUCUGCCUACGUAGUGCAAGUGUGUAUGCAGACUGUGUAAGAGAUAUAGAAACUCCGUUAUAACUGCCCUAGCUUAUGUCCCAGAAGUCAGGAUUCCAUCUUGUGUCUUUUGAUUGCUGUCAGACUGUGAUCAGUUCAACAUCAGGAGUUAUUGACUUGAGUCACAUUUCUUAAUUUUCAGUUUCUUUCCAUACAAAUAUUUAUCAAAACAGCAGAUGAAUAGGUUGUAAACACAAUGACAGGUUGUUUUAGAAUGCUUCAAUCAUUAUGACAAUAGAACUCCAAAUGUUUUCUCUAUAUCUGCAACAUGAGAUUUUGUAAGUCAACACAUCGCCUUGUCAUUGACAAGGUUCGAUGUAUAUUUAAUUAUGCCAUCAUAUUGAUCACAUUGAUGUGGUUCUAUGUGUAAUUCAUCAUCUCGAUCACACUGACAAGGUUCUAUGUAAUUGGUCACUUUGAUCACUUUGACAAGAUAAAUACAUCACAUUGAUCACGACAAGGUUUUUUGUGUAAAAUGUCCGCACCCUGAUCCUGAUGACAGGGUUCCAUGCUGUUUUGUAUUGGUUGUACAGACAACAGAUUGUAAACUGGUUACGUUGAAGGAUUCUGUUCUUGUUGAUGCCCCGUUCCACUACGCUGUCAGUGAGAGGACUGUCAUUAGCCUGUGUUCAAGUAAUGGAGUAGUGAUACUCACCUAGCUACCAGUUAUACCAGGACUCUUGUAUUGGGGGGGUGUUGUUAUGGACACUCGACUGAAGUAACACAAGUUAUGUGAAACUUGUCCUGUUGGGAGUUCAAUAUCGGAGUAUCUCGGAGGUGAUUUAACAAAAGUUAUUCAAUAUACGAAACCUGGAAAUAGGUUUGAGUAAACUUGGUUUUAAAAGGCCUAAAGCUUUUCACCUCUGUUGAUGAUGCCACAGAGUGAAAUAGUGAAUAUCAUGAAUAGUUACCGGUGCUGAGCAUGAAUAAUUACACCGUCAUGAAUUGUGUCCAUAAACCUAUUAAGAACACUGCCUGUUUUCUACUAAUCUGAAGUUGUGUUAUUAUUGCAGAUAUCUGCCUUUGUUCAAUGAGGGCCAAGCUUUAAACUAAUCAUCUCCGAUUCUCCAGUGCACUGUAUUUCCAUUUUGACAUGACAGAUACCUUAGACUUGUUCAGUGCAAUAACGACAUCUCCAUUACUUGAUAUGAACAUUUCUCUCUCCAAGUCGAAAGUAUUUUGAUUGGAUGGCAUGACAUAAAGAACCAUUGUUGUAGUAAUGAUGCAUGCUGGGUAUUAACGAAAUACAGUAUAUUGGAUAAUCAAGAGCGUUCACUGACAUGAACAGCAUGAUAACUGUGGUUCAAGGCCAAGUGUUGCUAGCAUGUCCAUGAACCUGUUGCAGACAAUUUGUUACGUCACCCCAUGUUUUCCAAUAUAUCUGUUGUUUCUAUCCAUUGUUUCUGUCAGUUAACCUCAACCUGACAUACUUAAUGGUCUGGCCAAGAAUGCUUACAGCCAUCACAACUACCAACAGUCUACCUCUGCCUUGACUAUUUCAGUGAAAUUUGGUUAUUCGUACUUUAUGUUCGUGUGUUACUUAAAAAUGGUUUUACCAAGCAGAAUCUUCAUCUAAUUUUAGCAUUUUGCAGAACUACAUAUAACAAUACCUGCCCUGGAUUGUCUGCUUACAACUUACAUCAGCCUGGAAGUAAUUAGUGUUGGAAUAUUGCUGAUCGUGACAUUAAGCAUAUCACGGAAACGCUUGGAAUCUAAUCCUGUUUCCCUGAGGGGAAACUGGGAAAUACAAUUGUGUUAGGUUUUUGACACAUAAGAAAUACUUCCUGGAAAAAAACGUAUUUGCAGACACAAUUUUGGUUCCCCCUUGCUGGCAUCUUAAAGCAGCAAACAUAUUUUCUGCCUGGAUUCCCCUGUAUAAUAUGCUUUCUAUGUAAGGAACUGUAGAGCAGUGAUGCGAUGGCACAGGGCGUUAAGUAUGUCCGGUAUGGCGCUGGUUCAUCUUACUACUCCUGAGAGCACCUGUCUGUGCUACUGGCUCUCUUACGGCAAUAAAAUUGGGGCAUUUUAUAUGUUUGUACUUGGUUGUACAAGGGAUGGUACUUUUGUUGUGACCGAUGGUGAAACACCAUCGUCCAGACAGGAAGGGCAGCAACUACAUAGGACACAUCUUUAUUUAUCAGAUUAAACAAUCAUUAUUACAA